AGAGAUGUGGCCAUGUCUUGGCUAUUUAAAAAUAAGCGCACCAUGAGAGCCUGCUUAUUCCUCUGGGUUUUAUUGGAGCAGACUUUAGCGUCUGAAGCUGUUCAUAACGCCCGAAGGCUGGAGGGUGAACCGCUGGACAUGGAUUGUGUCGCAGAAGCCAGUGAACCUCUGAGGCGAAGGAUCGCUCCUUCAGAAAGUGUGCUCAACUACUCUGAAGAUGAAGAAGUCGUGAGAGCUGAGGCUGAGGGACGAAUCAAUAUCCCCGGACAGCUGAAUUUACGCACAGUUACUCUGACUCUUUCACAUUUAAGAGCCACAGACACGGGGCUUUAUGUCUGCGAUUUCUCGGGAGAUCCAUCAAAUCCGCUCUCGGUGAACACAACUCUCUUUCUGCUGGUGAAAGCGGCAGGUGAGUUGUGUUCCUGUAGGAGGUAUUCUCUGCUCAUCUAUUCCAUCACCGUAGGAGUGAGUCUGCUCCUACUCUCGGCCAUCGCUCUCUUUGUGACACAUUAUAAAAAGCCAUAUGCUGAGCCAGAGAGUCACACCACAGCUCCAAUUUACGAAGACAUGUCAAGUGUGAAAGGAAAAAGAAGCAGAGCAAACAGUCACUGGAUCUGUCCACCAGCCCCAGAAACAUCAGCCAUGCUGGAGGACCUCUACAGAUCCCCCAAACGGACAAAUGUGGAACAGCAUCAGGAAAAAGAGUCAUAAAAAUCAGCUUAACUGUGAAAUAUGUUACUGAAAUAUAUACAUUUCCACGGGCAUGAUAAAAUCUAUAACAUAUAUAUAUAUAUUCAUUUGAUCUUUCCUUUUCCCUUUUUUGGAUAAAUGGCAAAUAUAUUUAAAAAAAUAAAUGUUCUGUUGCCUCAGUUAAUAAAUGCCAUAAUAAAUAACAUAAUUGCUAUAAUUAUAACAAUAAAUAGUUGUUGUUCUUCCUUAAAA